GCAGUCGGCCGGUACAUGACCGUCACAGAUGGUUGUUACUACACCGAACAAGGCACAAAAAAAAAGGAGUCGGCGACGGUAUUCGUGUACCCGCGCAGCAGAUGCAGAUGCCGCACAUUCUAUAACAAAAAUAUAUUAUUAUGAGAACAAUUUCUUAGAAUAUGUAUGUAGCCUCCAUGGUUGAUAUACACAAUAUAGAUCGUCCGCUUUUCAUCAAUCAGUGGUUGAUUUGUUUUGUUCUUUGACAACUUUGCAAUUGUGUUGUAUGAAUACAUUUUGGAGUGUAAAUGUAAAUAUUAUUAUGAUCACUGUAGUAUAUAAACUGGUAUUUAAUUUAUUUAUGAUUGAAUAUUGAGAAAAUGUCAGUUGUAACAGAGUUUGGGCCUGAUUCUGGUGGAAGAAUCAAGGGACUAACUAUAGUUAAGCCAAUUGUCUAUGGAAAUGUAGCUAGAUAUUUUGGCAAGAAAAGAGAAGAAGAUGGUCAUACCCAUCAAUGGACAGUGUACGUAAAGCCCUACCAUAAUGAAGAUAUGUCAGCUUACAUUAAGAAAGUGCAUUUCAAACUCCAUGAAAGUUAUAACAAUCCAAAUAGAAUUGUCACAAAACCCCCUUAUGAGUUAACAGAAACUGGAUGGGGAGAAUUUGAAAUUACCAUUAAAAUUUAUUUCAAUGAUCCAAAUGAAAGACCAAUUACUAUUUAUCAUAUCUUGAAACUAUUUCAAACCACUCCUGAAAUACAAGUAGGAAAGAAAAAUUUAGUUUCAGAAUCUUAUGAUGAAAUCAUAUUCCAAGACCCUUCUGCAUUGAUGCAACAUUUGUUGAGUUCAGCCAAGCCUUUGACAUCAGGGGUAUGGCGUCACGAAACAGAUUUUGAAGUUAAAAAAGAAAAGGCUCUGAAAGAAAUACUAGAAGCUCGGACCAAAAUUAGAAACGAAGUUCAAGAAUUUAGAGAAAAGCUAUCACUAGCAAAAGAAACUAUUGCUAAGUUUAAAGAGGAAAUAGCGAAGCUUACAAAGAACUCAAAUAACUUAUCUGUGACAUGAUAAGAAGUUAUUUUUAAUUAUUUUUAAUCACUCACCUUAUCUUUGCAGCUGUAAAUAAUGUGGCUAUGUGUAGUUCAAUAAAUUUUUCUAUGUAAAAG